AUGGAGUAUAGUUUCCGCAUUGAUAUGAAGGACACUCCGACGGACAGCUCGUCCGAGCUUCAGAGAAAGGUUCUGGAUGGCAUCGAGGAUCUGUUACUGGUUCUGGCCGAGGAUGGUCGUGUUCUGUAUGCUUCACCACAAAGCUUCAAGCUGAUCCAGGUUAAACCUGAAGCUCUGGUUGGAAGCUAUGUCAGCACACAUAUGAAUGUGGACGAUAUUCCAGUGUUCCUUCUGGACUUCAAAGAGAACAUGGCGACGGGCAAUGCCUGGAGGAGUCAUCACCGGCUACGACGAAAAGACGAUACCUACUUGCCCUUCGAGUCGACAUUCAAGCCGUACACUGAUACCACGAUGGACAAGAAACUUGGCACAAAACAAGACACCAAGUUGUGCUUAAUGAUCUCGAGACCUUAUCAGAUGUCCAGCACAUCCUUGAUGGAUUCGAUACUCGAACAUCACACAACACACAUUCGUUUGACCAAACAGUUGGCGCGACUACAUGGAGAGAUAGAGGAAUGCCGAGACUCAACGACACCAACGAUACCACACAAUCAGAACAGUAGCACAACCAAACAUGCAACCAUCAGUAUCGAAACGAUGUCGCCCAACAAGCCAGCAGGAAGACCAAACUCUCCAAUUGGACUAUCAACAUUUGGUUCAGCCUUCUCCCGCAAGAGAAGUCUGUCCGUGUCCUCCACAUCCACAAAACCGCAGGUAGAUUCUGUUCUGGGCGACGUUGGGAUCGAGAUCGCCACCUCGCGCCUUCGAGAUGCGCACGAGACCGGUGCAUGGCGGACCAAACCGCGUACAAAGAAGCCCAAGAUUGAAACCCUCACAGAAUAUCUGUGCACAGAUUGUGGUAUUGCGAAUUCUCCAGAGUGGCGGAGGGGUCCCUGUGGCCCAAAGACGCUUUGUAACGCUUGUGGACUGCGUUGGUCAAAGGCUCAUAAGGAACCAAACUCAAAGAUCAAGGAGACUGGCUCCUCAAUACAGUAG